GUGGUAUCUACCCUGGAAGGAGUCCAGCCGUAGGAGCAAGCGAGUCAUUUUGGGUGGGGGGUGGGGGGGACUUGAAAGGAUGUGGGCCCCAAUGGCGGGACUUCCUCCACCGCGGCUGGCUCUGUCAGUCCUGUCUGGCGCAGGCCGCUUUUGCAGGUUGAGAUCCGGAGUGGCGGCUGGUCGCAAAGACGUGCCGGCGUGCCCCGAGCGUGAUUCUUGCCAUCCGCGUGGAAAGACGACGAGUCCAGAUGUAGGAGAUUCGUUCCAGUGGAUGGGCAAAUGCCGCUUCGAUUCCAAGCGUUACAUCACCUGUCCGAAGUUGGCGAAGACUUUGGGGAAAUUAAUGCGAGACCCCCAAAAGACUCAGCUGGUAAUGGAGAGCAAUCCAGGUCCUGGAUUCCUGACUAAAGAAUUACUUGAAAACUACAAUCAAGUCAUUGCCCUUGAAAGCAACAGCACUUUUAUUCCACAUUUGAAGUCUCUACAAAAAAAACUGGAUGGUAAUCUACAAAUUGUUCACUGUGACUUCUUUAAAUUGGAUCCUAAAAAUGGUGGAAUAGUUAAACCUCCCAUUAUGAUGUCAGAGUCGCUUUUUACAGAUUUGGGAAUAAAAUCAGUUCCUUGGACAGGAGGUAUACCUUUAAGAGUCAUUGGUAUGUUCCCAGUUCGAAAUGAAAAGAAGGUACUUUGGAAACUGUUACAUGACAUGUAUUCCUGUGCAUCUGUAUUUAAAUAUGGACGAAUAGAGCUGAAUGUAUUCAUUAGUGAACAGGAAUGCCAGAAAAUACUGGCAAAUCCCAAAUCUGUGCGCUUUUAUCAACCACUAAGUGUGCUGUGGCAAGUUGCCUGUGACAUUAAGCUUCUGCAUUCGGAACCUUACUCUUCAUUUGAAAUCAGCACCCAGAAUGGACAACUGGAAAAGUCAAAGCAUACAGAAUCAUUAAAUCGAGAACAAAGGAUGUGUUUUAUCCAGAUGACUCCCCGUAAAGAUUUAUUUUCAGAAAGCUUAACACCUAUUAACUAUGACAUUUUUUUUCACAUGAUAAAGCAGUGUUUUGUAAAGCGCAAUGCCAAGCUAAAAGACCAUUUGCCUUCCUUAAGUCCAGUUGAUUCAGUGGAUAUAAUGAAGCAUGCAAAUAUUUCUGAGAAGUCAAAAAUAAUAAAUAUGUACCCUCAAGACUUUAAAAAACUUUUUGAAGCUAUAGAAUGUUCCAAAGAUUAUACAUACAAAUGGCUCUAUGAUGAUUUUAUGGAAGAAGUAAUCUUAUAAGGAGAUGCACUGCUAAGAGCAAGAGCCAUUUAUUUAUCUGGAAAUUAGAAGAUCUAAACUUACAAAGCUCACGUUCCUUCAACAGAAGAUGGUGUUCAUGUAAUGCUGUUCAUUACAAAGACCAAUCAAGUGGAUCAUUUCUUUUGAAGUUAGUACCAUAAGGAUAUUGGCUAAAA